GAAGGCGCUCCCGAGGCCGCCGGCUCUAAGGAGCCCACAGGGACACGGGCGGCGGGACGGCUCCGCUCCCCGCCGCAGCAGGGACUGAGCGGCAUCGCCGGAGGAGCGCCGUGCCUUGGGACCCGCGUGCUGCUGUGGGAAGAGCAUGAGUGUCUCAUGCCCGCCACUGAUAAAGCAUUUCAGUUCUGUCACAGGAGCUCCUGCCGCGUUCAGCGUUAGAGGAGCAGGCAUUCCUUCCAUCCGCUGCCCAAUUAUUAAAAACAUGGUACUGCAGUCAUUAAAGAACUGCCUUUGGCUGUCCUGCGUCCUCAGGACUCCGAAAGCUUGCUUCUGGAGCACAGCUAGUGGAGGCCUCAUUAUCCAGUCUGUUUCUAAUGACGUUUACCAAAAUCUAGCUGUGGAAGACUGGAUCCAUGACCACAUGGAUUUAGAGAAGCAACACGUUCUUUUCCUUUGGAGAAAUUCCCCUGCUGUGGUAAUAGGGAGACAUCAGAAUCCCUGGCAGGAAUGCAACCUCAGGCUAUUGAGGCAAAAAAAUAUAAAACUAGCCAGGAGAAGAAGUGGAGGAGGGACAGUUUACCAUGACUUAGGUAAUAUCAAUUUGACUUUCUUCACAACCAGAAAAAAAUAUGAACGAAUGGAAAACCUGAAGCUCAUUGUGAAGGCACUGAAAGCCUUGCGACCCCAGUUAGAUGUACAUGUCACUGACAGAUAUGACAUUUUGCUAGACAGGCAAUACAAAAUCUCAGGCACUGCUGCAAAGCUGGGAAGGACAAGUGCUUAUCACCACUGUACCUUACUCUGUAAUGCAGAUAAGUUUGUUUUAUCUUCUGUGCUAAAAAGUCCUUAUAAAGGGCUAAAGAGCAAUGCCACUCCUAGUGUGCCUGCCUCAGUGAAAAAUCUCUUUGAAGAGGAUCCUAGUUUAACUUCUGAGAUUCUCCUGGAUGCCAUUGCUAAAGAAUAUGCUGUGCAACACCAGAUGGAUCACCAUAUCACCUUAAUAAAUCCAGCUGAUGAGACUCUGCUUCCUGGAAUUAGUAACAAAACCAAAGAACUACAAACCUGGGAAUGGGUGUAUGGAAAGACACCAAAGUUCAGCAUUAGCACGUGUCUUAACAUGACCUAUAAAGAUUCUGUUGUUGAUGUUAAAGUAAAUAUGGAUGUAAAGCAUGGAAGGAUUGAAGUCUGUAACAUUGAUCUGCCAGAGCAGUGGCUGCCACCAGGACUGUACAGUGAACUGAUCAAGGGUCUUACUGGCAGUAAGUUUUGCCCAAACGAAACCACUACACUAGUGACAACAUUGCUGAGAGUGUGCCCACAAGAUGAUGAGUUGCACAGCAGGUGGAAUCUACUAUGUGAGAAUAUGAUAAGGAUUGAAACCAUUGCUGACAAGACAUCAUUGCUGCUUGAACCAGGGAAAAUGGUGGGGGCAUCACAAAUUGCCCCUGUAGCAGAGAAGGUACAAAACGACUGACAGAUGGAAUGGGGUAAGUGUAAAACUGGUGUUGUGCUGCUGCACUGGAUGCCCCAGCCUGCAUGCUGCUCCUUCUGGACAGUAGCCCAAAGGCUGUUUUGCAGCCCCUAAGCUGUGUGGAGAGGGAUGUUCCCUGGUUUCUGAUGGAAAGUCCUGUUUGCAGAGUCCUGGUGCUCCUGUGCUUCUGCUGUACAAGCACCAUAGUGAGCUCAGCUCACCACUGGGUAGUGAAUGUAGGUCCACCCUGAGUCAGAGCUUUUGUCCAUGCAUGUGCAAGAGCAGGGGAAGAUUAGGAAGUUCAGUGUGGGGGUUUAUGAUGUGAUGAAGGCAGGAGAGGCUAACUGGGACACAGGCCACACGUGCUUCCUCUUUCUUGUGCCUGGCACAAAGCUGGGAAUCCCUGCUGCCAUGGGUGCUGGUAUUAAAAUCAAACAUUUGGAAAUGCAAAUACAGAUCUAGGAGAAAGAGGUUCCUUAUGUUACCACCUAGCAGAAGAUUUUCCUGUAAAAGGCAACAAUUAACUGAAACUGACAGUUUUAAUAUUAAAUAAUAGCUAUACAUAUAAUAAAAUUAUGAAAUAAAGGCUCGAGAUGUAUUUCACUGUUGUUGAAGAAUAAGUAUAAUGCACUUUUGAUUAGGGUUUGCUGGACUAGGUUAAAAGACACAAAGCUUCACAUUUGGGAAAUUACUGUAUUUACAGUGAGCCUUCU